AGGCAGAAGCGCCUCUAGUGUCAUGGCCUUUUCCUGUUCACGCUCAAUCCAACGAGGACGUGAACAUAAACCAUGGCUGACAUGGAAACGUUCGAUGAAGGAGUGGUACCCACCACGACUACUUUACCCGUGACAUUAUCCGCUGAAUUACCAGAAAUCAAGCUGUUUGGUCGUUGGAACUGCGACGAUGUGCAGGUCAAUGAUAUGUCGCUGCAAGAUUACAUAGCCGUUAAAGAAAAGAACGCAAAGUAUCUUCCACAUUCUGCUGGACGUUACGCGGCAAAACGAUUUCGAAAAGCUCAGUGCCCUAUAGUGGAGCGUCUUACGAAUUCGUUAAUGAUGCACGGUAGAAACAAUGGCAAAAAGCUAAUGGCAGUUCGAAUUGUGAAGCAUGCCUUUGAAAUCAUCCACCUCCUUACAGGCGACAAUCCUUUGCAGGUUCUUGUGACGGCUAUCAUUAACUCGGGACCUAGGGAAGACUCCACGCGUAUCGGUCGUGCUGGUACAGUCAGAAGACAAGCGGUCGAUGUAUCGCCAUUACGACGUGUAAAUCAAGCUAUCUGGUUACUGUGUACCGGUGCUAGGGAAGCUGCAUUCCGUAAUAUUAAAACAAUUGCUGAAUGUUUAGCCGAUGAACUCAUAAACGCUGCCAAAGGCUCGUCAAAUUCGUACGCGAUCAAAAAGAAGGAUGAACUCGAGCGAGUCGCUAAAUCUAACCGAUAAACACCUCUUUUCGUGAAAACGUACAAAUAAAUGUUUUAUCUUUAAA